AUGUAUGGCCUGUAUCUGGAAGCUGUGAAUGACUACAUUAAUGAGUCCUAUGGGGAGGAUGUUUGGAGGCUUAUCGAGGCCCGGGCAGAGAUUCCUCACCUAAAGUUUGUACGCCACCAAAUGUACAAUGACAAUCUGAUCCUUCGUCUGGCUAAAGCAGCUGGAGAGGUUCUGGGAAAGACCCACGAUGAGCUGAUGUAUGCCUUUGGAGUUUAUAUGGUCAAACGAAUAGGAAACUAUGGUUAUGAAAGGAUUCUCAAGGUGUUGGGUCGUAAUGUACGAGACUUCAUCAAUGAACUGGAUAAUUUGCACGAGUACUUCCGCUUCUCGUUCCCCAAAGUGCAACCGCCAAGCUUCUGUGUGGAAGAAGAAUGUGAGACGAGUCUGACGCUGCAUUAUCGCUCCACUAGAAAGGGUUUUACUCAGUUUGUCAAAGGCCAACUCUCUCAAGUGGGCCGUCAAUUUUACAACACAGACAUUGAGGUGGAGAUUUUAUCUAAGGAGGAAACAGAGAAAAUGACAUAUGUGGUGUACAAGAUGAACUUUGACAAUGCUGCAUUUAAGCACCGCAUGCCCCAGCAAAAAACAGCUCCUGGUUAUGAAAAGCUCCCUAUGAAAAGAGGCAUCUUCUUUGACAUGUUUCCUUUCAGCGUGAUCUUCCGUAGAGACAUGACUAUGUAUCGCAUCGGAGAUGGCCUGAAGGAAGUGUUCUCAGAUCUGCAAGGCAAAAAGGUCAACGAGGAGUUCACUCUGGUGCGGCCCAUGUUGGAGUUUAGCUGGGACAAUAUCUACACUCACCUCAACAAUGUGUUUGAGCUGCUGUCAAAAGCAGUUGUAGAGAGCAAGCAGAAGGUCAACAUCCCUAAACUCAGCAAAGAAGAGCCUGAGGAGAAAGAGGAGAGUGAGAAGCCAAAGAAGGAAGAACGAGACAGCAAGGCAAUGGAUGAGAUGAAAGGAGCCGAUCAGGAGUAUAGCAGCGCUCUGACCCAGUACAACAGCUCAGCAAACUCUGGAGGAGAAGACAUUGAACUGCUUGCCUUCCAGACCGAGCAAUUUGACUUAUUGAGGCUCUCUUCUCUUUUGUAUUUAGGCAAGUGCAGUGAAACUAUAUUUGAGGACAUGCGAGAGCCACCUAAAAAGCCUCUCCAUUUGAAGGGCCAGAUGAAAUACGUGCCUCAGUGGGAUUCACUCAUCUUCCUUGGCACACCCAUUAUUGAGACGGUGGAGGACAUGAUUAAAAUGGGCGUUUAUGUCAAUGACCUUAACCUGCAUGAUUCUAGCAGAGAGCUCAUUCUGGCAGGAACUCAGCAAUCAGCCGAGCUGCAGCUGGCUCUGGACCAGGAGCAACAGAAAUAUGCCCAGCUGCAAGAGAUCAUUAAGAAACUGGACGAGGAGAAGAAGAGAGGAGACUCUCUGCUAUACGCUAUGAUACCAAAAGCUGUGGCUGACCGACUGCGCAAAGGCAUCACAGCACUAGAAACUUGUCAAGUUUUCCCGGACGUAACCAUCCUGUUUAGCGAUGUGGUCAAAUUUAAUGAAAUCUGUAUCCACAUCACACCCAUGCAGGUGGUGGACAUGCUCAAUGAGAUCUACAUCGUUUUUGACACCCUCAGUGAGAAACACAACGUGUAUAAGGUGGAGACCAUAAGAGAUGCUUACAUGGUGGUGGCUGGAGUGCCUAAUAAGACCACAUUUCAUGCUCACCAUAUCUGUGACAUGGCUCUAGAUAUGCUGAGCUCCAUCGAUCACCUCAAAGACCCCUCUACCGGGGAUAACAUUCAGAUUCGUGUUGGAAUACACUCUGGUAUGGUGGUGGCUGGGGUAGUGGGACUGAAGAUGCCACGCUACUGUCUGUUUGGAGACACUGUGAACACUGCCUCUCGCAUGGAGUCCAAUGGUGUGGGCAUGCAAAUCCACAUUAGCCAGACCACUAAGGACCACUUGGAGCAUGAGCCAUAUAUCAUUGAAGAAAGGGGAAAGAUUUUUGUAAAGGGGAAGGGUUACAUGAAGACAUAUUGGCUGAAAGGGAAGAAGGACCUUUCCUUUAAAACCCCAGCAGAGCUUCGGUACAGCAGUGAGCAGAAAGACUCUGAGGAUCGAAGCUCUAAUGGGUAAGUAGAGGAUUUUAACACUAGACUGGAAUAGAUUCACUGCAACAAUAACUAGAAUCAUUAGAAUAAUCAUGACAAAGAUAGCAUACUUGCUUGCCUUUAUUUGACCUCUCUUUCCUUCUCACUGGUGGUUGCUUUUGGGCAGUUCAACUUGUACUAAUACCAAGCACUCUACCUCCAACCUAAACAUUCCCAAUGAGGAGCAGGCAGAGGGGAAGCCCACCCCUACAGACCUGCCUCCUGACACACUCCCACCAUUGGAGGGCACCACAGACUCCACUGUGGCCACUAAUGAACCUCAGGACAAGGAGAAGGUUAAAAAGACAAAGAACAACAAAGGAGGCAAAGCAGAAAAUGCCUCGGCUAAUUCGCAGGAGAGUUCUCCCCCUGCUGGCAGCCAGAAGAAGGAAGACCCAGAGCUCAAUAACAAAAAGCACAGCUUCAGGAACCAGUACACACGGCUACCUGCCAACCUGCCCAUGCGCAGUGCAGCCUGCACCCUUCUGUGAGACGCAAGCAAUUAUUCCUCCUCUAGUUUAAACCAGACUGAACUCCUAAAAGCCCUGCUUCACUGACAGAACAAAGUCUAGAACCAGCUUAACUUAAGUUCUGAAAUUUGUAGAUUAUUACCAUACAUACCGUACGAGAACUGAAUUCCAGAACUUUAUGUGAGAUGGCUCUAUACAGCAGUGCGAAAAGGAAAACUGGCUUUUGUGGAGAUUUAUACUGCAUUUAAAACCUGUUAAUUUAUCAUCCUUAAUACUGUUGUCAUAGAAGUGUCCUAACCAGACAUGCCAACUAUUCUCAUGACAUAAAUGUCACCUGAAUUCACAAUCAGAAAAAGCAUUACAGUAGCACAUUUGCAUGCAUUUCUAAAAUUACCAACUUUUUCCUAAAAAAUAAAAAAAAUAAAUAAGAGAGAGUUUUUAAUAAAUGGAAACUGAUAAGUAAUCAAGUUGUUGUGCUAGUACAAAGGUGGAGCUAGUGGUUGCUGUAAAUGAGUAAGAGGUACAAAUACAGUAUAUUCAAAUCUUCUGAAAUCAUAACUGUCAACACUCAGACCACAAGCUGUGCUACAUUCAAGUAUUAAAUGUUAAAGAGAGCCUUAUGCUGCUGUUGUCAGGAGAAGAGAGGUGCUUUCUUUUAGCCAAAGUAUCAGACGUUUAGCACCAUGCUUUCAAGUCUGAUACACAGGCUUGCUUUAGUUCACAUGGUGGAAUGGUGGGGCACAUUUCAGUAUCUGAACAAAUCAUUUAUAUAUACAGUCAAUGGAUUUCAAUGGAUUCAUUUCAUUAGCAUAUAUGUAUGUACAGUUACAUUUUCUUCUCAGAUUCAUUGAUGCCUAUUGAAUAAAUAUAAUAGGUAAUGUAAUAGCUCUGGUAUAGUAAACCUGCAUCAAAUCUGCAUUGUUGCUUUGUUUAUCUUUACUUUGUCAGAAGUGAGCACAUAUGUUGUGAUUGUUUAACUGCUUCUAAGUAAGGAUAUUUAUGAAUCAAUGUUGUGUCAUUUUUUAAUCAAUACAAUAUUUUAUGCCUUUUGAGGUUCAUUUAAUGACUAA